AGAGCGAAAGAAAAGAAUUCCCGCAUGCUACUAAGUGAUGUACGUUCGUCGCCGGCCCCGACGUACGAUCAGUUCCCUCGCGAGAGUCGCGCAGUGAUAAUGGCGCGCCAUUCCGUGCUGUUUGCUGCUGCCAUUACUGCAACCGUUUUGAUAGCUGAGUGCAUGGCGCACCUGUUUCCAGUUGAUCCCAAGCUGCCAGGUGAUGAGGGAGGUAUGAUGCUACCGUACGAUCGAAUAGCAUUAGAUGAUUGUCACAUGCGAUACUGGAAGUCGGGUUUCCGCGGUUUGGUCGCACCGGCCUAUGGACAGCCGGCACUGUUGCGUGAGUUCGCACACAUUGCCGCGAUCGGUUGGACGCGGUCGGAUGGCAAGAUCGAUUGGAAUUGUGGUGGAUCGCUGAUCUGGGAAAACUUCAUCCUAACCGCUGCCCACUGUGCUAUCGAUGAUGAAGAAAUCCAGCCCGAUGUAGCACGAUUUGGCGAUCUCAACAUCUACAGUGACGAGGACGAUGACUAUGCACAGCAGCUACGGAUAGUGGAGGUGAUCCGGCAUCCACAGCAUCGUUUCAGUGGCAAGUACUACGAUGUGGCGCUGAUGAGACUCGAGCGGAACAUUACCGUUCAUGAAACGGUUGCACCGGCCUGUCUGUGGCUUGACGACGAGGUACGCUUCCCGAAGCUUCUGUCUGCCGGUUGGGGCAGAACCGGUUUUGCCGAGGACAAGACGAAAAUUCUGCUCAAGGUAUCACUCACACCGCUCACCAAUGCAGAGUGCUCUCGCUUCUACACGACCGCCGAGCGGGGUUUACGCAAUGGUCUACACGAUCAUCAUCUGUGUGCAGGUGAUGAACUGAUGGACACCUGUCCGGGCGAUUCUGGUGGACCGCUGCAUGUGAAGCUGCUGCAUAAUGCUAAGAUCAGUCCGUUCCUUGUCGGCGUCACGUCGUUCGGUAAACCGUGCGGUCAGUCAAACCCGGGCGUUUACGCUAGGGUGUCCCAGUUUGGUGGCUGGAUUAUGGAAACACUACAGAAACACGAUCGGCUCAUUACGCCCGACAAGUUUGAACCGUGGUCCUGUGCCCUUCGGUACGUGCAUGUGCGCGAGUAUGAAGAGGAUGUCGUGGUCUCGAGAUCACGUAACUAUGAAACCUACAACUCGGAUAACGCUCACCUCGAGGCAGGUGAUAGCCUGCAGAGAGUAAGGAUACAGUGGCCGGAUCGAUUGGAACCACGCCGUACCAACUGUUCCGGUGUGCUCUUCGAACCGAAUGCCGUAAUAACGCUCGCCGAGUGUGCCUCACACAUGGGUGCAACUCCUGGAAGGGUCACAUUGUCUAAUGGGAAUUACGUCGAAGUGAAGGAAACGAUCAUUCAUCCGAACUACCUCGGUAGCAUCGAACCUUACUACAACAACAUUGCGUUGCUGAAACUCAAGUCGAAGGUUUCUUCGAUAACGCCGUUGUGCGGUUGGUACCGUGACGAGCUGCCCGAUCCUAAGUUUGAAGUUCUCGGAGUAGGCCGUGCCGAUCUGACACCGUACAACAGGGAUAAUGUAGUUAAAGAAUUAGAUCCACGGCAAAUCUCGUUAAACCCUCGUGCAACGUACAAAUCUAACAAAGAAUGUCAACUGGCACCACAGUACCGAUCGAAGCUAUCGCGCGGUCUGCAGCAGGAGCAUCUUUGCUUCCAGAACGUACCCUUUGUCGUACCCGGAACCUGCCAGCAGCAGUUCGGUGGUCCGGUCGAGCGUGAACUGUGGCGCUUCGAACGGUAUUUCAACUACUUCUAUGGCAUCAAUCUGCUCGGCCGUGACUGUGGCUUUGGCGAGCCAGCGCUGGCGGUGCGUCUGAAUGGUCAUAAGGCAUGGCUGGAGUCGUUGCUUCUGCCGAAGAAGGUGGCAACAUCCGAGCUCAGUGCCGGCUCGCAGCCAAGUGACUCCGUGAUCUUCAUCCAUCCAGACUUAAGUCUGUCGGACCGUUGCAGUUACACCGAUGGUACCGUGGGAACAUGCGUAGCGCAGAACGAUUGUCCCAACAUUCGCCAGCGAAUGCAGGCCAACAAACCCGUCACCCUGUGCUCGAGCGGUUCCGUAGUGUGCUGUCCACUGCGUGACAUCCGAUCAGCACCGAGCGCUAUCGAGCGAGAGUUCAACGAGUGCGAACAACGGUAUCAGCAUCUUCGCAAACAGCGUCAGCAAAGAUGGGAAGGAUUUCAGCCCGUCCAGCGACGAUUGUCACACGUGGCUGAGGUUGGUUGGCAAGGUGUCAACGAAAUAUCGUUCUUGUGCAUUGGAUAUCUUAUCAGCUUACGAGCGGUUGUGGCGGCUGCUUCCUGCUUGCUUUCAAACGAGUAUGAACCAUCCGUUGUACGGUUAGGAGGAAUGUGGGCUCACGAUAAGCCCGACAUAGCGAUCAUCCGGAUCGCGAAUCAAGACAUCCAUCCCAAAUUCAAUCAAACUACUUAUCUGCACAACAUUGCACUACUGACGCUUGCCACUCCCGUCACUCCAACGGUGACCAUGUUUCCGGGUUGCGUCUGGCAGAAUACGACGCACACACCGGUCGAAAUGGUGGUUCCCUCUAAUGGAAUAUUCGAACCGAUCCAUCCGAUGUACCGAAGCGAUUGUGAUGAACGCUAUGUGCGGCCGUUCGUAAACCAGGAACAAAUCUGCAUGGUCCCGGGUGUGACCGGACCGGGUACUUUCUGUUACGCACCCGGUAGUCCCAUCGUGUGGCAGAAGAUGGCUGAGAAGAACCUGUUCACGGAGUACUUGGUGAACAUCUACAGCCACGGCAAUUGCAAUUCAACCACCCUGCGCAUUGUGCACCGUAUAUCUAUGUACAUGGAUUGGUUUAAGGAGGUGCUCGGAUAAUGCCGGAUUAGCUUCAUGGUAGUCUUAAGAGAGACGAACUAAAGUAAACAUUUUGAUCAGAA